AAUACCAGCUAAACUCUUCGAAGCCCAACAUUGAUCGCCAUGGAUGUUUUGUUUGUUGUAGCUACAAUAAUAGCAUUACCCUCGACUCAAGCUCAGUUUCCAAUUCCUCCUGCUGCCCCUCCUCAAAAGCGAUACGCAGACGAUCCAGUUUGUACGACACCACAGACCGUUCAUGACUGCUAUGUGACAUAUUUGGAGAAAUAUGGUAUACACUCUGGCCCGUAUUAUCUUCCGGGAUUUGCUCGAUUAAAUGCGCAAUUGCAGAAUAUGCCAUUAGUGAAUAUAUGUAGGGACUUUGAUGAAUUAAUGGUAUGCCUUCGUCUCGUUUCUUACAACUGCAUAUCAAUACCAGUCUUCGAGCGGUUCACACAGUGGUAUGGAAGAGUGAAUGAGGAAGCCGUAGCUUACGUUCAAAACCAUGCGAUUUUUGAAUAUGCAUGUGGCCCUGGGAAACCACUAUUUCUUGCCGAU